AUGGUGCGCGAGGAAUUCGCGUCCAUCACGGAUCCCACACCUGCGGAAGCAGCUGCGAUGGUACAAGGACCGGCGCCGAACCCUAAGAAGCGGAACCGAAAUCCCCCUGAAUCACCAGGUCAACCACCCGCCGUCCCGGCAGCUGAGCUCUCCGAUCCCAGCGAGCCCGCGAGUAAAGUAAGGUUGACGGAGCCGCACCCCUUUAAACCCACACCUUCCCUCACACCGCCACCCUCCACACCCCCUGAACCCAGCCCCACAUCAGAAUGCGAGCUUACCCCCCUAAAGGUACAAGCGACGUCAGACCAAACCCUAGAAAAGCUCAGAGAAGAAUCCAACGCCAAGUUGAAGGCGCUCCAAGCAGAGAUGAUGGGUGAGCUUGACAGGCGAGUCUGUGAGCUGGCCAAGGUCAUCCACAAUGACGUACAAGCUCAGAUGCGUAGCUUUGCGGAAGAAAUCAUCUCACAACAAGAGUCUCGCUUCCAGCAGAUCAUACAACCCCUCAUCCAGCCCUUGAUGAAGCAGGUGGCGGAACUCACAGCUCAGUUGCGCCAAGUCGCGCAAUCCAGAAUCACGGUCCCCAUUCCCAACGAGUCCGUGGUCGCCAUCACAAGCAACACCGCACCCACACCAACAACGGUCAACGCGAAAAUCCUGCCCAACCCCACGACCCAGGAGCCCCCUGGCACACCUCAGAUCUAA